ACCGAUUUCUUAAAGAUUAUAUUGAUUGGACGAUCGAAAAAUAAAAAACAAACUUCCCACUGUGAAAUGAGGGGUUAUCUGGUAGCAAGACGAGGACUCAGUCGAACCAGUAUUUCGGCUAUACUGCUGUCCCGUAUUAAAACGUAGCUUGGACAUCCCGACAUUUUAAAAAUCUUGCUUUGGAUAAUGCUUGCUAUCAUGGCUUUGUAAUGAGAUCAACUCUUUCAAUGAACGAAAGACACUCUUAUAUUCACCUCGCUGAAACUAGGCUGCAAACAAUUAGCAAUGACUAUAGUGUUACCUUGGCCCAAGAGCGGGCACAAUGCAAGUCACGCGACGACCACCUCGUCCACUUCCAGCUCCUUGUGCUCAUCAUCUCGCCUUUCAUCAUCAACAGCUCCCUCCUCGGCCAUGGAGCAAAACGCUCCAAUACAAACUUUAAAGCCCUUACCGGCUUUGGACAUGGCAGAUCCUACUCUACAUUCCAUCAUACCAUCAUCGCCGGCCACUCCGCUUCCCAUCACAGCUCGCUCUGUUUCAUUGAGCCGACGAAAUCAUUCAGCUGAUAAUCAUCAGCACACCCUUUCCGGCCGCAGCACUCCAGACGAGACUAUACAACGAAAACCAAGAAAAGUCUUGGGAAACUAUACCCUUAGUAAAACACUAGGUGCCGGAAGUAUGGGCAAAGUUAAGCUUGCUGUCCAUGGAAUUACUGGCCACAAGUUGGCGGUCAAGAUUAUUCCAAGGGCCAAUAUUCAAGCCAUUAUGGAACGGAGUAAAGAUAUUGAAAAAGCCAAAAAGGAACUUGAACGAGAGGAAAAUCGUGAGAUGAGGACAAUUCGGGAAGCCAGUAUCAUGCUCUUGCUUCAUCACCCAUACAUUGUCAGUUUGGAGGAAAUGAUGUUGAUAGAACCCUAUUACUACAUGCUCAUGGAGUAUGUGAAUGGGGGGCAAUUGCUUGACUACAUUAUUGCUCACGGUAGACUGAAAGAGAAGAAUGCCCGCCGAUUUGCCAGACAAAUUAUCAGUGCUUUAGAUUAUUGCCACAGGAAUUCCAUCGUCCAUAGAGACUUGAAGAUCGAAAACAUUCUGAUAUCAAGAUCUGGAAACAUUAAGAUUAUCGACUUUGGCUUGUCCAAUCUUUUUUCGCCUCUCUCUCACCUUUCCACGUUUUGUGGUUCCCUGUAUUUUGCUGCGCCAGAACUGCUCCAUGCUAAACUUUACACUGGUCCCGAGGUGGAUGUAUGGAGUUUUGGUAUUGUACUCUAUGUCCUUGUUUGUGGCAAAGUUCCCUUUGACGAUCAAAGCAUGCCAGCUCUUCAUGCGAAGAUUAAGCGCGGCGUUGUAGAUUAUCCAGGUUUUCUUAGUACAGAUUGUAAAAACUUGUUAUCUCGCAUGCUAGUCACCAACCCUAGUCAUCGCGCAACCGUCUCUGAGAUAGUCAUGCACCCUUGGAUGAACAAAGGCUACGAUGCUCCAGUCAAUAACUUUUUACCAUCACGCACUCCGCUCACCUUGCCGCUUGAUAUGGACGUGGUCCGAGCUAUGACUGGUUUUGAGUUUGGUUCCGUCGAAGAAAUCAAGGAAAAACUGGAGGCCAUUGUAUCAUCUGAAUCGUAUCAAAAGGCAGCCAAUGCUUUGAUGGUGGCAUCAAAACAAUAUCAAGAGCAUCUCGAUCGGCAACAAAAACAUGCAGCCAUCAAUCGGCGGAUGACCUCUAGCUUUGUCAUACCCAAUGAUGAUCCCCAGUCUAUUCCGUCCGCAUACGAGCCACUUGUGUCAAUUUACUAUCUUGCGAAAGAGAAAAUGGAACGCGAGCGAGCUUCGUCGUCUACACCACUCCGCAAAAAAUUCUCAGAUAGUCAACUUAUAGAGCGUGCCUACGAUAAUGAGCUCCCAUCAACAUCUAACCAUAUACCCGGUGAAUCUCACUUCACGACGAUACCACAAGACCAACGUCCAACAUUUGCGCGAAAGCAUAGCAGUAGCGCAUUGGCUAACUUUGGCAGAAGAUCCAAACCGAAAGUCCGAUUAGACGAUGACGGUAACGUUAUUGGAUUCGAGAACACCAAUGCUUCAACAGACGAACCAAGCGGCUUUGGUAGACUGUUCAAUCGUGGUCGAAAGAGCGUUGACUCCACUCGCAGCGAUAUUUCUGCUAAAGACGAAAAGAAAGGAACCGGAGUCUUCCGACGAUUGAGCCUUGCCCUAAAUCGCAAUUCCUUGGAUGGUAAACGAGAACGAGGCCAUGCGCGAGUUCAAAGUGCCAGUGGCGUUGUGCCUAGUACCAGCAGCAAUGCAAGAAGUAAAAUGGGGGCACGACAAUUAUCCUCUGCUUCACAGUUGUCCAAGACUUGCAUUACGGCCAAUCAACUGCAACAAACCAUACCUAUUGCACCUAACCAGGAUCAACCCGUACCCGUGUCGCCCUCCAUCUCAGCGCCUCAGCCUUCAGCGAGCAAACGAGCUUCAGGACAGUUCACUGGGACGUCGCCUAUCAAGGAUUUGGGGGGUAAGUUUACAACCUUGUUACAGCGAGCAACCUCCAUCAAUGACCGUAGAAGAGCAAGAAAGCAAUCCACGAGUAGCCAUCUGUCAUCACCAUACGAUCCCAUGUCACCACCUCCUACUCCACCCAAAACAUCAGAGGCAACACGAUCUUACCAAGCGGCCACCAUCUCUUCUCAUCAAAGGUCUGCUUCGCAUGGUGGUUCUAGAACACCUCAAACAUCUUCUGUAAAUGCAACCGUAAACCACCAUAACCAACCUUCCACAUCCUCUAGUGGAAAUGCGGAUCAAAGUAUCCGCCCGGUAUUUGUAAAGGGACUCUUUUCAGUAGCAACCACAUCUACAAAAGAACCUUCUGUGAUUCGUGCCGACUUGAUACGAGUGCUGGAUCAACUUGAUGUCAAGUGGCGUGAAGGUCAAGGCCGAUUUGAAUGUGUACACAUGCCAAGCAUUGAAAUUGGCAAGAUAUCCGAAAAGCGUCUUCCUCCUCUGCCAAAUGGAGAUUCGGCUUCUUCACCUGAAGCUCCUAUUCCUGCCGCCCAGGUACCAGACAUGGUUGUACGGUUUGAAAUCAACAUCGUAAAAGUGCCUUGGUUAUUGGGCAUGCAUGGUAUCCAAUUCCGUCGCGUAGGCGGCCACCCAUGGCAGUAUAAAAACAUGUGUUCUAAAAUCCUUAGUGAAGUCAAAUUGUAACACUUUUUUGAAGCACCUAUUUUCCCCAAUCACAUUUUGCAAUAUAACUUAAUAACCUGCGUGUCUCUUUACAUUACAUUCACAGACGUAUCCCAUUUUUGGUUCUCAAUACAUUUAACAGAGAAACAUUUCAAAACUACUUAUAGAAGUUCUCCUGCACUGUUACAUUUCCUAAACACUGUAUAUGCCACUAUUUUUUUUAAUGUUGCC